GUUGCCGCCUCAUCACUCAUCACUCACUCCUUCUUCCACCUCUCGCUCCGUUUCUCUACACCUACAGUUAUUCCAAAUGGCUUCGGAGAAGAAACUGUCGAAUCCAAUGAGGGAAAUCAAAGUUCAGAAACUCGUUCUCAAUAUUUCCGUUGGUGAAAGUGGAGAUCGUCUCACCAGAGCCGCCAAGGUUCUUGAACAGCUUAGUGGUCAAACCCCUGUUUUCUCCAAAGCUAGGUACACUGUCCGUUCCUUUGGUAUCAGAAGGAAUGAAAAGAUUGCUUGCUAUGUCACUGUUAGAGGUGACAAGGCAAUGCAGCUUUUGGAGAGUGGUUUGAAGGUCAAGGAGUACGAGUUGUUGAGGAGAAACUUCAGUGAUACCGGAUGUUUUGGCUUUGGUAUUCAGGAGCAUAUUGAUUUGGGAAUCAAGUACGACCCUUCCACUGGUAUCUAUGGUAUGGAUUUCUAUGUUGUCUUGGAGCGUCCUGGAUAUCGUGUUGGACGUCGUCGCCGAUGCAAGGCACGUGUUGGAAUCCAACAUCGUGUCACAAAGGACGAUGCCAUGAAGUGGUUCCAAGUUAAAUAUGAAGGUGUGAUCCUAAACAAGUCGCAGGCAAUUGUUUAGUUGAAUCAGGCCAUUCUUAAGUACGAGUUCUAAAUUUUGUUGAGUGUAGUUUGAUGUUUUUUGAAUCUGUAACUUAUUUCUUCACUGGUAUGAAUGUUACUCUCUACAUGUUACUUAAGCUGUUUGUUUA